AUGUUCCCGGUCAAGAAAACCCCCGAGCGUAACCAAAAUCCCGGAGUCGGCUUCUACUCAAUUCCCCGAGACCUUUACAAACGCGCCGCCGAACGACGACACGAGAACAGUAGCGUCCCACAAAAUCCUACCAUAAGGCCUAUAAAACCCCAUUGCGCACCAAUCAGAUACAUAACCCACGCCUCGCCCAGCCCUGGCAGAGUAAUAGGCUACGAGUCUGCUGGUUGUAGUGAUCCAAUGAAUGUCUAUGGAUGUGGUGGGAGGGCGUAUGGGUUAUCGAAUUUGAGAGCUUGGGCUCCGGAGGACAGGGAGGCCGGCGUUAAUAGUGUGGAUGCUGCUCUGGUGGUUUGA